UUUCAAUGUGAGGAAAAAAGAGAGUAAACCUAAUCCACAUUGAAAUGUUUCGGGAUUGGUUUCUUCGAUGAAAUGAAUCCGUAAAACUGCAAAACCCCAAAUUCCCUUUUUGGUUUUUAGUCGAAUGGUUUGUUUAAUCGAUUAUAAAAAAUCGAGGAUUAAACAAAACCCUCCCAACCAAUACCCAUUUCGCGUUUACUUGUCCAAUUUCUUGACUUUUUUUGAAAGAAAGUUCUUCCCUUUUUGCUGGCGUACAAUUCAAGUCCAAGUUGCUCUGUGUUGUGUUCAUACCUUCAGCGCCAUUGCUGUCUUCCGAUUUCUUCCUCUUCUUUCGAUCAGUUUUGGGCUUUUACCAAGCUUUCCCGAUUUUUUUCUUUCUGGGUAUUGGGGGGUUUGUUUGUUUUGAUUGGAUUGUUCAUUGGUUCAGUUCAUUAUAAAUUAUACACAAAAAGAGGAGGCCGAGAAAGGUAAAGGGGUUGGGGGGAGUGCGGAAAGCGGCCAUCUUCCUUUCUUUCCCUGCAAAAGAGACUUCAAAAUUUGAAGCUUUUCCCCCUUUUGCUCUCUGGGUUUGUGCGAGAACUUGAUUGGGAUCUAACAAUCUCACCGAAUUGACGUCGUCUUCCUGCCACCAGUUACUUCCUUUCAGAAUUUCUGACGCGUUAGAGGUGAGUCAUUUCUCCGCUGUUUUGAUUCUGUUGAGUCUUCUUUUCCCCCACUUUUGCCCCUUCAAAAUCUAUGAGGUUUGGUGUCUUGAAUGUUAAGGACAUGGUGACCUGUAAGAAUCUUUCUGCUCUGUGUCUCUCUCUGUCUCUGCUCCUCCUUAUAUUAGCUGGAGGGUCGAGGAUUGUUUAUGUUUAUAUGACACAUUUUGCUGCGUAGAGACGAAUAAUACAACUUCUCCUAAAUGAUGCCUGGUUGGUGGUGUUUGAUUGCUUUCUUACUUAAGUUCUGUUCAUAAUUUCUGUUUACUUGUUGUAGCUUUGAAAGCCAUAGAAUGGAAUUGCAGUUGGAGCUUUGAAUUUCCUUCUCUAUAAGUUGGUUGUCCACAAUGUGUGUAAUUAUUCUUUCUGUUUGAUCAUGAGCAGGUAAAAGCUUCAUUGAUCAUGAGCAGGUAGCAACUCGCAUUAUGGGUUGGCUUAGCAAGAUCUUUAAAGGCUCCGAUCAUAACAUUUCCGAAGGGCACUAUCAUGAGAAUUAUGAAGAGAAGCCUAAUGUCUAUGCACCAUCUGCUUCAGGGGAUGUCUGGCCGGAGCAGGAAGACGAAGAAAUGGAUCGUGCUAUUGCACUAUCUCUUUUAGAGGAGAGUCAACCGGGAAAACAUUUGAUUGAUGAGAGUCAGUUACAAGAAGAUGAACAACUUGCUAGAGCUUUACAAGAAAGCUUGAAUAUUGAAUCGCCUCCUGCCCCUCCUCCUCCCCCUCAAUAUCGAAAUCCAAAUGCAUAUCAUCCAGGAAAUGUAUAUCAACCAGCUCCAGUCCAUUUCCCAAUGGGUUUCAGGAUAUGUGCUGGUUGUAAUAAUGAGAUCGGUGCUGGGAGAUUUCUUCAUUGCCUCAAUGCAUACUGGCAUCCAGAAUGCUUCCGCUGCCAUGCGUGCAACCUACCUAUAGCUGAUUAUGAGUUCUCCAUGUCAGGAAAUUAUCCCUAUCACAAAACUUGCUACAAGGACCGGUACCAUCCCAAAUGUGAUGUCUGCAAGCACUUUAUUCCAACCAACUUGGCCGGACUUAUUGAAUAUAGGGCUCAUCCUUUUUGGAACCAGAAAUAUUGCCCCACUCAUGAACAUGACAAUACUCCAAGAUGCUGCAGCUGUGAGAGAAUGGAGCCUCAAGAUACAGGAUAUGUACCUCUUAAUGAUGGUCGGAAGCUCUGUUUGGAGUGUCUAGAUUCUGCAGUCAUGGAUACCAGUCUAUGCCAGCCCCUUUACAUGGAUAUACAGCAGUUUUAUGAAAGCUUAAAUAUGAAGGUGGAGCAGUAUGUUCCUUUACUUCUUGUAGAGAGACAAGCGCUAAAUGAAGCAAGGGAGGGAGAAAAGAAUGGCCAUUAUCACAUGCCUGAAACUAGAGGACUAUGCCUUUCUGAGGAACAAACUAUCAGCCAAGUAUUACGGACACCGAGGUUUGGGGGAGGACAGCGGCCCAUGGACAUGAUAACGGAGCCUUACAAACUGAUACGCCGGUGUGAUGUCACUGCCAUUCUCAUACUAUACGGUCUCCCUAGGUUGCUUACUGGAUCAAUCCUAGCUCAUGAGAUGAUGCAUGCAUGGAUGCGACUUAAAGGUUACCAACCUCUAAGUCAAGACGUCGAAGAGGGGAUUUGCCAGGUCAUGGCACACAUGUGGUUAGAUACACAGCUAAACUUUGAAUCAUCAUCGUCAUCAACUGGGUCGAGAGCUGAUUCAAGGCCUCCGUUUGAUAAGAAACUCGGGUCGUUCUUCAAGCACCAGAUCGAGUCAGACAGUUCUCCAGUUUAUGGAGAUGGAUUCAGAGCUGGUCAGCUGGCCGUUCGUAAAUACGGGCUUCAAAGAACUCUUGAACAUAUUCAAAUGACUGGGAGGUUCCCUUUCUGAUGAACUCUCUUCUAACAGUUCCCCUGUCAUUUCCCCCCUUCCUUUACACAGCCAUUUUGUACUGCUUUGGAUUCGAACUAGAGCGUCAUAGCACAUAGAAAGAAAUUUGAUGUCUGUAGAAUAGACAGUUUUAGGUUCA